CUAACCUUUUAAACAAUGAAAAGUUGAAAAUGUCAAAGUAAAAAAAGUGGAAAAUACUAAAAAAAAUUACGUGUUAUGUAAGCGGUGAAAAAUUCUGAUAUGAACAGACAUUGCCAAAAGCAUUAAAUACGAAAUUUUCGGUGCCAAGAAAAUCGGAAACUGCCUGUUACGUGUAAAAAAACAAUUUAUUUUGUUUGUUGCUAAGUAAAAUCUAGUAUUUGUGCUUUAAGAAACUACAAUAAAUCCGUGCGUGCCUUUGUGAGUCUGACGAGCUGUAAUUGUUAAAGGAAAGAAAUAUACCAUCAACAAAAUGAAAACAACAAGUGUGGGUCGUUACGCUUUACGUUUGUCUUUCGGACAGCAGAACCUUUGAAGAAGGUAACUUAAUCAGCGGCAAUAUGGAGUCAUCUGGUUUGCAAGCCGGUGACCUAUGCAUCGAUUGUCAGCAGCUGGGUUUGGAAAAACGUUUACGUUACUUUACCAUUAAUUUACAAGAGGAGCAAAUAUUGAAAUGCGAAAAUGUAUUCUGCUUAUAUCCACAUAACGAUGAGCUAUCAUCAUCAACCGAUGAUGAUAAUGAUGAUGAUAAUAAGACUGAUUAUGAAUAUUUUACAAAAACACAAACAGAACCACAAACCGCGACGUCACCAAACGGAACGUUAAGUGGAGAAGAGUUUACUAACUUUUUAAUUACUAGUCACCAGCAAACAAAUCUAGAUUAUAGUUUAGAUUUUUUAGAAUUUCUUGAAGAGGAAGAUCUAAAAGUGACAGCGACAUCAUCCGUACAGCAAAAUGAUUUAUGCGUAAAUUUGCCUUCGGUUAAUAAACCAGAGAAUGGAUUGCAGCAAAAUGCUUUAAAUUUAAAUGUCCCUUCGAUUAGUGAGCAGGAUACUGCAACCGCUGUUUGGCGUGGAACAAUAAAAGAGGAAAUGAAGGAAAAACCAAAAAUUGAAAUACAAUCUGUAGAGACUAUAAAAGCAGGAUCAAUUUGUAAUUUAGAUAAAUCUUUCCGAAAAAUACCCAAAGCCAAUAUACGUUCGGGUCAAACAAAAUUGAAAAACAAAAAAGUCCAAAAAACUAAGAUAAAUGCUUUAGAUCAAGUUAUGAGUUUAUUAAAAUUAAAAAAAAAUUCUUAAAAUUUUUUUACUAAACACAUUAUUAAUAAACACAUGCUAAAGCACGCUUUAGAAGCGUGCUCAAUAAUUAGCCGA